ACAAUACCGUGUUUAUGAGUUAUAAGUGUUAUUAUUGUUAGUGUUGUUCAUUUGAAAGUUUCUGAAACUGUACAAUGUAAUUAUAUUCAACAUUCCAGUGAGAGAAAAAAAAUAGUCUAUAUAUCUUAUUUAUAUUCUACAGAGUAAACGGGAACUUAAGUCUAGUUAUAAAAGAAAAACAACAGUAACUUUUGUCUACGACCAAUAAUCGAUACAACCACGAUGAAUUGAAAGAGGAUUCCGAUUGGUCAACAUAAGGCGGAAGUGCUACGAUAACAUUAAUAUAAUAUAGUGAAUAAAUUUUAUUUGUAAAACUAACGGAUUAUAGACAAGAUGGGAUUUAUUUCGACGCUCGGCAGAGUAUUUCUGGUCGUUGUUAAUAUAUUUUUUCUGAUUAUCGGCUUGGUGUUUUUUGCACUGGGCAUGUUCGUUCGAUUCGGAACGGCCAUCCUGAAUGACUACGUCGAUGGGGUCAAGGAGUCGUUAGAGAGUUCGGCCGGAAGUUCUGGGUUUGGCACAGUGGACCUUUCAAAUUUCGAUAUCAGCGAUUUGUUGUUUGGAGUCGCCCUUGCACUGAUUUUCUUUGGCUUGUUUUUGAUAAUUAUCAGCGUGUUAGGAUGUUGUGGUGGAUGCUGCAAAAUCAAGUUCAUGCUCAUCGGGUAUGUGAUAAUAUGUAUAGUAUUACUAAUUGGACAGAUAAUUAUAAUUGGCAUUCUGUAUGGAUCCCCAGACACGUUCCAUGAUCCGGCAAAGAAGAAACUUAAAGACGGUAUACAAUCAGAUUAUGCUGGUUUAAACGGGACCGACAUUGUAUCAAUCGGUUGGAACGUCGUUAUGCAAAAGGUAAAAUGCUGUGGUGUUGACAGUUAUGCUGAUUUCACUGGAGCCAGUAACUGGAUAUCUGUUUACACAUCUUACACGUUAAAGACACCGUUGGCUUGUUGUAAAACUUUACCAUCUUCUACAGACUUUUCAUGCGCAGAUUCCACUGCUACAACAGCAAAUAACUAUUUAGAGACGGGCUGCUAUGAUAAAAUUUGGGAAGACACACUUGGAAACACAGCAAUAAUGGUUGGCUCUCUUGUUGGGGUAGCGGUAUUCCAGCUGCUACUGAUUUUGUUUGGAAUAGUUAUUUUGUGUAGUAUGAAGAAGAACAAGACGGGCAAUAAGGAUUUUUAAAACUUGCAUUGCUCGGCUUUGGAAUACUAACACUUCUUGAAGAUAGGAAAAACAAGACAAACCCGGGAAAAUAACAGAUUUUAAUUACAUAAUCAUUAAUUAGUAUUUCAAAGUCAAACUCAUUCUUAUAAACCAUGUCAUUUUUUACAUAAUUUAUACAUGUUGUACUUUCAAAAACUCUUUGACAAUAUUAACCGUUCCACCCUAAUCAAGAGCAUAAUUAUGCGAACAUAUUUAGUUAUAAUAGAAAUUGUUGUUUCUUUUAUACCUUGCACGGAGUAUUCGUGUUCUGGAGAUAUUAAUAAACGGUUUUAACAGCUUUAAUCAUGAUGUGGGAUACCGGAUUACGGUGCUUUAAUUCUUUUAGCCAAUGCAAAAGCAGCAUUGUUUUUUUUUCUUUUAACUUUUAAACUGCUGGAUUCGGAACUGUAAGCCUUUGCCACCAGUUUAGAGCCUGGUCAGACGGUAACAAAAUUUCAUCUAUACAUAUAAUGAUAAAUGAUAAUGGACAGGUCCAGAAAUGGAAGCUGUACCAGUCCAUUUAAGAAAUUUAGCAGGUUAAAUGUUAAAGACUAAAAAAGAUAUAGGCCUGAAUGAACUGUUAAAAUUCACAUGUAUGCACAUGUAUAUCAUUGUCUAAACCAACAAAGCAAUAAACAAAGGCAUGUUUUGCCUUCUGUUGAACUAAUACUAGUAUAAAUAUCUGCUAGAGUAAAUGUUUAAAAAAAGUCAUGUACAUAUUGUUUGAAUACUUCAUUACAAAUGGGUCUUUCUGGUGUAUAUGUUUGACCAACAUAGACUGUUAUAUCUUUGACUGUGAUAUUUCUAUAUUCAUUACAUGUUUUUUAUGGGAUUUGUUUGUAUUUUUAGUGGUGACUUAUCGUUUUAUUAUAUGUAAUGCAUUAUCAGAUAUUUUUGUCAUAUAUUCUACGCGCCAUCUAGUUAAUUCAACUAUAUUGGAUGGUUUUUUGUGUAUAAUCUAGUACAAUUUUUGUAUUUCUGGAUUUAAGUGACUGGGCAGGAACAAAAACACUGCAUAUGUGUGCAAUGCAAAAUUGUUACGAAAUUACCUGAAUUGUAUUAUUUCAUUAAUUGUCUGUCAAAUAAAUAGAGUCAAUAUAGAAAGUAAUAAGAUAAAAGGAGUAUUGUAAAGAAAACCGUGACCUUGUGGUCUAUGAACUUUGCUAGGCCGGAUCACACCCGGUGCUUCCGUUCCAUGCGACAUUGACCUUUUUUAUAGCCCACCAGUAUCAAGACCCUGUCCCAGACAAUAAAAUCCUACUAUGCUCGCACGCUGCUUGUACAUGAUAUUCGUUUUCUUUUGCAAUGUUAGCAAAUCUUUUCUCCCUGAUAAAAGCAAUUUCAAAUGUAAAUGUUUUUGUUAAUUAAUCAACCGUUCCACGUAAAAGAGAUGCUAUGACAAAAAUUACAUUUUAAUCUUUGUCUCUCUUCGUCCGGAAUGUCAAAUAACAUGAUAAAAAAAUAACAUUUUGGCUUUUGUCUCUCUUUAUCAGCAAUGUCAUAUAACAUAACAAAAUAACAUUUUAAUAUACAUGUAUGUUCCUCUUCGCUCGCAAUGAUCAAAUCUUUGUCUCUUUUCAACUGAACUGUCAAAUUCUAAAAUUUCAUUUCAAUGUUUGUUGUGCUUCAUAUUUGUUCAUUGUAUUUGUUAUGUUCUUGUUUUUACACUUUUUAAUAAGUGUCACAUGACUACACAAAAUUGUGCUGCGGGCCAGCAAGAACAAAUUUUAUUUUUUUGUUUCAGUGCAGAUAUUUUCUUUUGCCAAACAUUGUCCUACGCAUUGUGUUUAUUUAUUAAUGAAAUUUAUGUGUAAGUUUGAAGUGACAUUAUACUCAUUUUUUCACUGUCAAGUUGUGUUGAAUUUGUAAUAUAUUUCAAAAGAUUGACUAUUAAAAUGAUGAUUGACCAACACUUGAUAAAGAAAAAUGUUUAUGAUACAAUAUAUAAACGAUCUAAAUUAUAAAAAGACUGCCCUACAUUGUUUUAGAAUUGCACAUUUCCGGUACAUUCUAAAGGAUAUUAAUAGACAUUUCCGUUACUGAUUUUUUUUUUCAUAGAAAAAUCUAAAAUUGAACAUAAUUAUGACACCGACUAUUUACCAAUGGAUGGGUAUAAUGUCACUUUAACAUGACGAGAAAAAAUACCAUGACAUAUUGACCUUUGUUUUUUUAAUCUGAUUACCAAAUAUUAAAGAUACUUGUAUAACACAAUAUAUGCAAAUUUAUGUAUAUUAAAUAGAAAAAUAUGGUUACUUAAACGACCAUUAUGCCUCAGAAAUGAAUACUUUUUCCUUCUCUAGAAAGGUAUAAAUGAAUUUAGAGAAUAAUAAAUGUCUGUCACCUGAGCAAAGUAAUGCUAAAAGUCUUUUGUUUUGUUUUUUGUCAUAAAAGUAGCAAAAUGUAAACAAAGUAGUAUUUUGUCUUCCAUACACUAUAACUAUAUUCAUUGCUAAAACUCAAAAGAAGUAAAAUAUGUUUAUAUAGUCAAUGUGUAUCAUUUUGGGAACUAUUAUAGGACAUCAUUUUAAAUUAAAAGCUUUUAGGAAAUAAAAAUAAUAGCAUGUCUGAGGCUUAAUGGACCUUUAAGUAAUUUAUCAAGUUAGUAUGUUAUAUUAAAAUAUUGAAUAUUUAUGGCAAUUGUGUUUAUAGUGUUGAAACUAUUCAUAAAAGGACAUUGCACCUAUCGUCCUUUGCCAGAUAACAUAAAGAAGUUAAUAUAGAGUUGCUUUUAAUUGUGUGUAUAAAGUGGCAAUUGAGAUAAUGUUUUGAGUGCAUAAAAAUUAUAAAUUACGGUUGAAAAAUAAUCAAAAACAUCACAUAAUACUGAAAGGUGAAAAUCGAAAAAUCAUACAUAAAAAAAAUUAACAGCAUUUGUCUUUGUUUUUGUUAAAGAAUGGUUAUCCUUAAUUGUUGUUGUUUUUAUGGGUCAUUUUUUGUGUUGCUACCAAUGACGGUUAUUAUAUUUUAUAAAGCUUGAAAAAUAUAUGUGAUGCAAUGAUUUUAUUAAUAAUCAUUUAAAAGCACAUUUUGCCUCAGAAACAAAUAUUUUUUUUAUUUCUAUAGAAAAUGCCGACAUUAAUUUCAUAAUGUUUAGAUAAUGGUUUUAGAGCAUGUUUCAUGCUUCUUAUCUAAAGCAAGAAGUGCUUAUUAUAAAAUUGUGUGUCAUAAAGACAACAAAAUGUAAACAAAGAAGUGUUUUGACUUCCAGACAAAAUACUAAAUCAAUAUUUCUUUACUUAUUGCUAAAAAAUCAUCAAAAGAUAGUUCAGGCAAUCGAAGAGUUAGUAACUUUUUUGGAAACUAUUAUAGGCCACCAAAAAUCAAUAAAUAGGACACAAAAAAAUCAAUAAAAUUCAAAGAUUUUCUGAGGCAUAAUGGGCCUUUAAACUUAAAUACGAAUACGUGAUAAUCAGCCUUUGCUUGCUUUUUCGUUACGUUAGAAGUUGGUUGGUACGUACUUUAAGAUGUAACUUGUCUAAACAACAUGUUAAAUGUUACGUUUUAUAUGUAUUUUUCUGACAUUUGUUUAUAAGUUGAAAUAAAAGAAAUUACUUAACGUCA